UUUUAUAUGAGACAAUAAUUAAUGCUUCUUAUACGACAACGGGUAUGAAGCCAGAAUCUACAAUAAUACCUUCUUUGAUUAAGCGCGUCCAUCGCUGCUCUCGUGCGAGGGAAGCGGUUUUCGUUCGGCGAGCGGUCGGCCCCAGGGCCCACGGAACGACCAGCUGCAAAGGGAACACAAUAAUGGCCGACGAUACUGAAUUUGUGCCCCCUCCGCAGUGUCAUGUGUUCGAACCUACUGCCGAGGACUUUAAAGAUCCAUUGGCAUACAUUGCUAAGAUUCGCCAUGUCGCCGAAACGUCCGGCAUCUGCAAGGUGAUCCCACCAAAGGAUUGGCAGCCCCCGUUCGUCGUCGAUGUUGAUAAUUUUCGAUUUACACCACGCGUUCAGCGACUGUCUGAGCUGGAGGCUUCUUCUCGCCUUAAGCUCAAUUUCCUUGACAAAAUUGCCAAAUUUUGGCACCUUCGUGGCAACACGCUUAAAAUACCUAUGGUCGAGCGUAAAAGCCUCGAUCUCUUCAAGUUACAUCGUAUUGUGCAGUCAGAGGGCGGUUUCCAUAAGGUCGGUCGUGAGCGAAAGUGGUUCCAGGUAGUGCAGCGCCUGGGUCUACCUCCGGUGAAGUCGCUUUCGACAGUACUGCGCAAUCAUUAUGAGCGAAUUCUGUUGCCGUAUGAUAUUUUUAAGCAGACUGGAGGAUAUGUUGCACCAGAAGCGAAGCCCACGGUUAAGAUUGAAGAGGUGGACAGGGAUUAUGUACCACACGAGAUUGUUCAACGGCAGAAUAUUCCACCACCAAGCACGACCGGUCAGAGGCGGAGCAAACGUCACUGCGAUGCAUCGCAAAAUGAAGAGGGAGCUAGUACAACGACCGCCGUAGCUGGCGGCGAAGUGUCCGACAAUAAGGAGCUCAAACGGCUAGCCUUCUAUGGUGCCGGACCUAAGCUUCCAGGUUAUUCGCCGCCUAAAAAGAAAACAAAAGAUGAGCCGAUUGGCGAUGAAGCCGUUGCGCACAUCAUGUGCAAGGCAUGCGAGAAAGGUGACGAUGAAGACCGACUGCUACUGUGCGACAAAUGUGAUGCUCCCUUUCAUACGUUUUGCCUUCGUCCACCGCUUAAUGAUAUACCGAAAGGCGAAUGGCGUUGUCCGGGCUGCGUGGCCAGCGAAGUUCUCAAGCCGAAGGAAGCAUUCGGUUUCGAACAAGCACGGCAAGAAUAUACACUGCAGGAAUUUGGUGAGAAGGCGGAUCGUUUCAAGCGAGAUUACUUUCAUAUGCCUAUUCAUAAGAUCAGUACUGAAGUUGUUGAGAAGGAGUUCUGGAAGGUGCUGAGCGAGAUUCAUGCAGAUGUGACAGUCGAGUACGGUGCAGAUCUUCACUCAGCCGAAGUCGGCAGUGGCUUCCCUACUGAAAAUACACCAGGUCUGAUGCCGGAAGACCGUGAGUAUGUCACAUGCCCGUGGAAUCUAAAUAAUCUCGCCAAUCUAAGUGCAUCCGUACUUCGGCACAUCGACAGUGACAUAUCGGGCAUGAAGGUACCUUGGGUGUAUGUUGGCAUGUGCUUCUCGACUUUCUGCUGGCAUAAUGAAGAUCACUGGAGCUAUUCCAUUAAUUACCUUCAUUGGGGUGAACCUAAGACCUGGUAUGGAGUGCCUGGCGAUGCUGCAGAAAAGUUCGAGUCCGCUAUGGCGGCCAAAGCACCCGAACUUUUUGAGGCUCAGCCUGACCUGCUGCACCAGCUGGUGACAAUUAUGAACCCGACUGUGAUGCAAGCGUCGGGAGUGCCCAUCUUCCGUGUGGAUCAGAAACCUGGCGAAUUCAUUAUUACCUUCCCUAGGGCGUAUCACGCCGGGUUUAACCAAGGUUACAAUUUCGCCGAAGCGGUUAACUUUUGUCCUGCGGACUGGCUCCCUAUCGGCCGCGCGUGCGUACGCCAUUAUGCUCUGUUGAACCGAUUCUGCGUAUUCAGUCACGACGAGCUCGUAUGCAAGAUGGCUUCCGACCCAGACAAAAUAGAUAUUGGGUUGGCGGCGGCCACCUUUCAUGACAUGCUUAAUAUGGUAGAGGGUGAAUGUCAACUAAGAAAUGAGGUCAGUGAUUGGGGUGUGACAAAGUCAGAAAGACUGAUCUUUGAAAUCAUCCCUGACGAUGAGCGGCAAUGUGCCACUUGCAAAACAACGUGCUUCUUGUCGGCCAUAACGUGCCAGUGUCGCGAAGAGAAAUCGCAUCGUGGAGAUAAGGAGAAUAAAGAUGAGAAACUGGUGAGCAACAUGGUUUGCCUUAACCACGCAAAGAAUCUCUGUCAUAGCUGCAAGCCCUCGCAACAUAUCCUGAAAUACCGAUAUGCGCUCGACGAAUUGCCGACGAUGCUGGAAAAUCUUCGACGAAAGGUAGAGGCCUUUGAUGAAUGGGUGCGUAAGAUUAAGGAGCUGCUAGUCAAAAAUCGCAAUCCGAAGCCAAGUCUUGAAGACCUUAAAGCCUUGCUUAAUGAAGCGAAUGAGCAUAAUUACCCAUCUGUCGAUGUUGGGGCCGCGCUGAAGAAAGCGGUGCGGCAGGCCGAGACAUAUGCCCAAUUUGCACAGCAGCUGUUGGCAACUAAAGUUCGAACACGGCGACAAGAUGUGAACAAUCAGCCAGUUGGACGGCUGACCAAGGAAGAGCUGGCUAAGUUUUACCAGGAAAUGCAGACAAUGCAGUGUACAAUCAAAGAAACAUCGAUUAUUCGCGGCCUGAUGGAUAAUGUCGAGAAUUUUUGCACACAGGCUGAAGGGUUCCUUAAGAUGGAUGACUUCGAUGAGUCUAUUCCGCUUGAAAAGCUCAAGGAGUUGACUGUUCGCGGUGAAUCGUUGGACGUGGAGUUACCUCAACUAACACAGUUACGGCAUAAAAUGGAAAGAGUUGGUUGGCUUCGUAGGGUAAAUCGUCUGCUGGCGGCGCGAAGAAAUUCGGAAGAUGCCGUCGAAGUCAGCCUACAGGAUAUCCGAGGCCUUCUGCGAGAGGGUGUCAAUCUCGCUCCUCAUCGCAAUGUUGAGAGCCGUGCCGGACAACUACAACAGCUACUUGUAGAUUGCGAAAGGCGCGAUGAUUGGGCUGCUGAGGCUCUGAAGGCUAAGCCGAAACCAUGCAUUGCCGACGUGGAACCUCGUUUACAAGAAGCCUUGAAGAUUCCUGUGACGUUACCAUCAGUGCUUUUGCUUGAAGAAGCAUUUUUCAAGGCGAAAGAUUGGGUAGAACAAAUGCAAGAACUUACAAGCCGUCAGAGACACCCAUAUCUUGAACAGCUAGAAGCUCUUAUGAACAAGGCAAAGCACAUUCAACUUGGACUAGAACCCUCCUGGGGAAAUCUUGAAAGGAUCAUCGAUGGCGCCCGCGCUUGGAGAGAACGAGCCGCAAAAACGUUUAUGAAAAAAAAUACGCCAGCUGGUCUUCAGCUUCUCGAUAUCCUUAGUCCCAGAGACGAUCCGCUAAAUUCAAGGGGUGUGCGAAUUAAUAAAAAGGAUGAAAUCAGCGUUGCGGAGGCGUUCGAAGCUGCCGCUGCUAAGGAAUUGGAUUACUACCGUAGAUUACGGCGGCACAAUCAGCUUCGCAGGCAGCGCCGUCAUCCAAAUAACGGCAAUUUCAGCAAUAGCGGCGAUGAUUUAUCGAUUCUUGAAGAAAAACACUGUAUCUGUCAUAGACCUUUCACUCGAAAUAUGCUUCAAUGUGUGUUGUGCAAUGACUUCUUCCAUUUGACGUGUGUUCCACCAUCGUGUAUAGCUCAGGCUAUAGGAGCGCCAGGUGACCGUUCACCAACCGGCGGUAAUGGAGCAAACGGUGAGGGAAGCAGCUCCGCUGGAGAAAGUAGCGGGAAAUCUCAAGUUCGUAGCACUUAUUCAGGCACAACAAAUCUCACUCCACCGAAGUUUCUGUGCGUCUGGUGCCAAAGGGGCCGAAGACCUCGACUUGAGACAAUUCUCCAUCUGCUCGUACAGCUUGAAAACCUUCCCGUUCGCGUGGUGGAGGGUGAGGCUCUUCAAUGGCUGACAGAACGCGCAAUGCUGUGGCAAAACAAAGCGCGACAAGCGUUGCAGGGUCGGGAGGUAAUCGGCGCUGUGCAGAAGCUGCAUCAAAUUGCUAUGAUGAUACAGCAAGGCGAACUUGAACACCUUGAAUCAACGUACGGAUUUGCGGCUAAGAGGAACUCUUCAGGUGCACAAGAAGGCUGGUACUAUUCAAGGCCUCUGGUUCAUUUACCCGGCGAUAUUCUUGCCAAACUCGAAGACCUCAUGAUGGAGGGUGAUCUGCUAGAAGUAUCUUUGGAAGAAACCAUGUCUCUUUGGAGAGUAAUCUCGUCAACUCGAUCGAAUUUGCCCCCUCUGUCAGCAAGCGGAUUCGACAGCGCGGAAGACAGUCCACGUAAGAGGGGCCGGAAACCCGGUUCGGCAUCUGAAGAUGGUCGGAGACGAAGAGCCCAGGCGCCCGCAGGUGCAGUCAGCUUGAGCGUUCAGGAGUACGAGGAUAGUUCGUCGGGCGGUGGUGACGAAGAAGAUGAUGACGAUGAAGACAAGUGUUCAGCCGACCAAUGUGAGCGCCCAGAAGGAGAGGCUGUUAAUUGGGUGCAGUGCGACGGUGGCUGUGACAAAUGGUUUCAUAUGCGCUGUGUCGGCCUUCCCGAUGAUCAUCAAAUGGAUGACGAUUUCAUCUGCAGCGUGUGUAGCGGUCAAGAUGAACCAUCAGCUGCAGGUGGAAAAUUACAGGCGGGCUCAUCUCGAUCAGCCUUAGACUCCCGGUAGAGUCUUGCCCAGUGACUGCACGAACAGAGAUCGAUGCGAAAACAUCAGCAUCGAAGCAGAAAGUGUGGAGCGCCGCAGAUGACGGUUUUUUUAUUACAAUGAGUUGAACGUAAGAAUUUGGAUGGGAGAAGAGUAUGUGGGUCCCCAAAGAAAUGCCAGAGGUCGCUCAAAAGUUCGGGUUUUUCGGGAACAUUGGCCAAGGACUGACAGGAAAUUUGGCGCCUUCCUGGUAAAACAAAACAAGCGAAACUGUCCGUAUAUGUGCCCCCCAAGAAUUAACUCAAACUGAUUGUGUUUAUUGAUGAAUAUAUCAGUCGUGCUGACCGA